AUAAUGACCAAGGAGAGGGAGCAUAAAGGGUCGCGUCGCAGUUCGUUCUCCCUCAGGCAGUCCGUUCUCUCGUUUGCUGGCGAUUCUGAUUCCGUCGCGGCGACCCCACCCGAAUUUUUUCCUUAAAUUACCGCCGAUCUAGGGUUUCGAAUCAGAUCCCUAUUCUCUAGAUUCCAUCUGAUUCGAGUUGGUCUUUCCCGUGUGUUUGGGGAAUCGAGGAUGACGAUUAUGAAUUCCGGGGACUUGUUGUCCCUCGAGAGCUGUUUGCCGUGCACUCCCGAGGAGGAGAGGGAGACGAUUAUGGAGCUGACGAGGGAGGCAGAAGCUAAUCUGAAGGAAGGGGAUUCGGCCUACGUCAUCUCUGCUAGAUGGUGGAAGGACUGGCAAACAUAUGUCGGUUUUGACGAGACUGAACUUCCUCAUCGUUGCAAUCAUUCAAACAAUGUUGCUCUGAAAAAUCCUCGCAGGCCUGGACAGUUAAACAACAAAGAGCUCAUUUCUGAUGGAUCAAAUGAAGGAAGUGAUAGACCGAUGCUUCACAUGGAUUUGCAGGAAGGAAUGGAUUACCAUUUGGUUGACCAAAGAGUUUGGAAAAAGCUACUAGAAUGGUACAAAGGUGGACCAGAGAUACCUAGAAAAGUCAUAUCUGAAGGCAUUAAUUCCAGAAGUUUAAGGGUAGAAGUUUAUCCUUUGGUGCUUAAGCUGAUAGAUGCAAGAGACAAUUCUCAAAGAAGUAUCAUUAUGAGUAGAAAGGCUUCAGUUAGAGAGCUUUAUGAUGAGGUUUGCAGGCUUCUCAAGCUCGAUCAGGCACAGGUUUCCAUAUGGGAUUAUUUCAAUGGGGAAAAGCAUGAUCUACUGGAAAACUAUGACCAAACCUUGGAGGAAGCAAAAAUACAAAUGAAUCAACAGAUUCUCUUAGAGAGAAAGGCCAAUGGUGCGUUGAAUAGCAUCGGAUUGGAUCUAACAGAAAAUGUGAUGGCAUUGGUUCCUUUUGAACCUUCAAGAUUGUCUACUACAACAAUUGCUGGAGGUCCUGCCCUCUCAAAUGGGAUUUCAGUUGGAUUUGGUUCUAGUUUUCUUAGGGAUAUGGAAGAUGGUGAUGAUAUUAUAAGCAACGGGACAAAAAUAGAUGAUCGAGGACUCACAGGAUUGCAAAAUUUGGGAAACACUUGUUUUAUGAAUAGUGCGAUUCAGUGUUUAGUGCACACACCUCCUUUAGUCGAGUACUUUUUGCAAGAUUAUACCAGAGAGAUCAACACAAAGAACCCUUUAGGGAUGCAAGGGGAGCUUGCACUUUCAUUUGGAGACUUGCUAAGGAAACUUUGGUCAUCUGGAAGAACAUCAGUUGCUCCUCGUGCAUUCAAGACGAAACUAGCUCGGUUUGCUCCACAAUUUAGUGGUUAUAACCAACAUGAUUCCCAGGAGCUUCUGGCUUUUUUGUUGGAUGGGUUGCAUGAAGAUUUAAAUAGAGUGAAAAACAAACCGUAUAUAGAAGUGAAAGAUUCAGAUGGCCGUUCUGAUGAGGAGGUUGCUUAUGAAAGUUGGAAAAACCACAAAGCUCGAAAUGACUCUAUUAUUGUUGAUGUUUGCCAAGGCCAAUACAAGUCAACAUUAGUUUGUCCAGUUUGCAGUAAAGUUUCUGUUACUUUUGACCCUUUCAUGUACUUGUCACUUCCACUGCCUUCUACACUUACCAGAUCGAUGAAUGUAACUGUUUUUAGUGGAGAUGGAAGUGCUCUUCCUAUGCCUUUUACGGUGACCGUGCCCAAAAAUGGCUGCUGUAGGGACCUUGUUCGAGCCUUAAGUAUUGCAUGUUGCUUGGAGAGUUCAGAGGCGUUGCUUGUCGCAGAGGUUUUAGAUCAUCGAAUUCGAUACCUUGAGAAUCCUUUCGAGGCAUUGUCCAAUAUAAAGGAUGAAGAGCACUAUGUGGCCUACAGGCUUCCAGCAAAUCAUGAGAAAUUAGUGAAACUGGAGUUAGUACAUGUGAAAGCUGAAAGCUUUUUGUCGGAGUCUCAGUACAUUCUGCACCGGAAGCUGGUAGGGGUUCCUUUGGUGACAUGUUUGGCGAAAGAUGCUAACACUGGGUCUGAUAUUCGAGCUUCUAUUGCUGCUGUACUAACGCCACUCCUCCGUAAGAAAGCUUCUCCCACAGCAUGCAAGGACAACGGCUAUGGCCCUAGUCUUGAUGCAUAUGUUUCAACAGAUAACACCGACAAUGCGCCUUGUUCCAGCGGCCGGAAUUUAUCAAUAUCCAACAUGGAAGUUGAUGGAUCUGACCAAAUUUCUCACUUUCAGAUGUCGCUGACAGAUGAUAGAUGCAUGAGAAGGACGCCCAUCAAUAAUGAUGAUAAUAUUCUUCCAGAUUCUUGCAUAAGGGUAGCGUUGGAAUGGUCAGAUUGCGAAUUAAAUUUGUACGAUUUCAGCUUUCUGGAGGAUCUUCCUGAAAUUUUCAAGUCUGUAUUCAUGUCGAAGAAGACAAGGCAAGAGGCUUUUACGUUGUUUUCUUGCUUGGAGACUUUUAUGAAGGAAGAACCUUUGGGUCCUGAUGAUAUGUGGUAUUGUCCUCGUUGCAAGCAACACAGGCAAGCAACAAAGAAGCUAGAUUUGUGGAGACUACCAGAAAUUUUAGUAGUUCAUUUGAAACGCUUUUCUUACAGCCGGUUUUUGAAGAACAAACUUGAUACAUUUGUGAGUUUUCCUGUCCGUAACCUGGAUUUAAGCAAGUAUGUCUUGAACAAGGCAGCAACCCCGCAAUCACAUGUAUAUGAGCUUUAUGCAGUCAGCAAUCAUUAUGGAGGUCUUGGGGGAGGUCAUUACACUGCCUAUGCUAAGUUAAUAGAGGAAGGUACCUGGUACCACUUUGAUGAUGGUCAUGUCUCAGCAGUAAGUGAGGAUGCAAUCAAGACAUCUGCCGCGUAUGUAUUGUUCUAUCGGCGCACGAAAGUCAACUCCGCCGAUAUUGCCGUAGAGUGAAUAGACCUCUGAAUCUUCUAGCCGUUAAAAGUUCAGAUGGGUCAUCAAUGUUGAUGGUAGAUUAUGGAAUUCUUCGGCCGUUUAGGGGUAGAAAGUUUUUCAAAUCGAUAAUUUUGAUGGCCGAAAGGGAUGAUUCGCUGUUUUUCUGCUGCUGAGCUACGAACACAGGAUCUUAUUUUAUCAGAGAAGCGGAUUGAUGGUAUUUAAUCCUUUCUGCUAUAGUUUUCCUCUUCUUUUUUUUCUUUUUUUAUUUUUUGGAUCUCUGCCAUUUAUGUAGCAACUAGAACGAUCUUAUAGCCAGUGCUGUUUUUUUUUUUAAUAUAAUAU